AUGGACUCGUCACCCCCAGUCUGGCUCUAUCCUACACCCCAAGGAUCUGACUCCAAGCCUAGUCCUCUGGCAUUUAUGCUCUAUCCCCACGUCCCUGCCACGGAGAUUAUCGCAUGCUUCCGUAAGAGUCAGGUCUCGAGCGGACAAAAGCCUGUCAUGUCUCAUUCCGUAGCAAGACUAAAGCAAGCCAGGUACAGGGGAUCACACCUUAUUCCAGAGCCAUGGACCCAUACAAGACAGGGCCAUCGAUACGCGCGUGCGCACAGGAAACAGUUGGAACUACGACUCCCAGAAUCCUCUGGACAAGGACUACAUUUCCCAGAAAGCUUCGCGAAAAAAAAAAUCCGAACCGGAACUGCAGUGUUUUGGAAAGCGGGAGAGAGUCUGGUGGCGUGGUCUGUUUCUGCAGGCGUGGAGCGACCUCCAGGGGUCGUUAGUGAGUUAGAGAAACAGAGUGUGAGGAAGGAGUCUGAUGCAACCCUUCGGAUCGUAGCUGUGCCGCGUCUGGAUUUUCUGCCCCGUGGGCGUCGAGGCUUGCCUCAGCCUAGCGCUUCUGCCUGCUGCGGCUUUGUUGGCGUUGGGCACCAGACAACCUGGCCAAAACAAUUGGUGGCAGAUGGGAGCUUUUGGAGGAAACGAGAAGAACGGAAAGUCCAAAGGAAAAGCUUCAAGACAUGGUCAGGCAAGAUGUCAACAUCUGUCAUACGUCACUUCAUGUGCCAGGCUCUUUCACCUAAGGACUUUGAGCCCUCGAGCUGGGGCCUUAGGCAGCCACACCAGAUGAGUGUGGGCACUUGAGUUUUCUAGGAGGCCUCUCCUGCUGCCCUGGGUCUCAUCCAACUGCUGUCCUCCCAUCAGAGGCCAUUUAUGCUACAAGAGGAAGAAUACCCUUCCCAAAGUCAGUUUUUUGGGGAAAAGAAGAUAUAGCCAGAGCCCCAAAAGAAGGUUACUCUGCAACAGCUAAAGGUCGGUGAUAUACUUUUCCUUCAACUCAGUAAAACUGUUUGUGUAAUCUUUCUUGUUCUUGA